AUGGCUCCUCCACCGAGAGAAAUCACCUGCGACCGUUCCCAUUAUGCUUAUGACAUCUGCACCACCAACGUGGCAACAACCCUGAACCCCACCACCUCCACUUUCUUCAUCCAACGUCCCACCACAGUCGAUCCAAAUCAAACGGCCACAAAAAUCCGUCCUUAUCCUAGAAAAUUCGAUAGUCCUGUAAUGUCAAGGAUCAAGGAGUUGACCAUCACCGCAGGCAGACCAAUCCCAUCGUGCCGCGUCAAGCACGAAGCCCCUGCGUUGGUAUUCAGUGCGGGAGGGUACACGGGAAACUUCUUCCACGACUUCAAUGACGGGUUCAUCCCUCUAUUUAUCACCCUCAAUUCUUUCUUCCAUGAUAAAGACGUGGUGCUUGUGAUUUCUAAGGCUCGUGAUUGGUGGGUCAACAAGUAUGCAACUUUACUUCGUCAAUUUAGCAAGCACCCCAUCGUUGACCUAGAUAACGAUAACAAAACUCAUUGUUUUCCUCAUGCAACCCUUGGCCUGGUGUCACAUGGAUUCAUGACCAUAAAACCGGAACUAAUGCCAAACCCUAAGUCACUUCAUGAUUUUCAUGCAUUUUUAAGGAAAACAUUUGGUGGUAAUGACAACAAUGUCUCAUUGAAUAGUUUUCCACGACCUCGUCUUGUGUUGCUGAAUCGGUCGAGUGGGGAUGGUCGAUUGUUGCUAAACAUGGAAGAAGUGAAAAUGGAGAUGCAAAGGGUUGGUUUUGAUGUGAUUGUGUUUGAGCCAACACCUUCAACUCCAUUGAGCAAAGCUUUUGCAGUGAUUGGUUCAAGUCAUGCAAUGGUUGGUAUCCAUGGUGCGGCACUCACACACUCAUUGUUUCUGAAACCAGGGUCUGUGUUGAUCCAGGUGGUUCCAUUAGGGUUGGAAUCGGUAGCUGAAAUGUGCUUUGGCAACCUAGCCAAAAUGGGGUUGAAUUACAUGGAGUAUAGGGUUAGGGCUCAAGAGAGUAGCCUCAUUGAGAAAUAUGGCAAAGAAGAUGUGAUGAUCAAGAACCCUAAUCAUUUUCUCAAUGGGAGACCAUGGUCCCAAACCACCAUGAAUGUUUAUUUGAAAGAGCAGAACCUCAGAUUGGAUUUGGUUAGGUUUAGGAUAUACCUCAACAAAGCUUACAAGAAGGCAAAACAACUUAUACGAUCGUAG